AUGUUAGCGAAAUGGUGGUGGCGCUUUAAGAUAGAAAAAGACAAUACUUGGCGAAAGGUUAUUUGGAGCAUACACAAAAAUGCGAGAUCUUGGUCAUUCAUUCCGGCAAAACCAACGAUUCCGGGCCCGUGGAAACAAGUCGUGAGAGUAGAAAAAGACAUUGCAGAUUUUUGUGUGAAUUUAUCAAGCUUCUUUAUGGCUACAGUGGGCAAUGGGGAAGAAGUAUCAUUCUGGAAAGAAUUUUGGCAUUUUGAGGGGAUACUAAGCACUGAGUAUCCAGCCUUAUUUGCUCUUGAACGGGUGAAAAACGUGAAACUUGCGGACCGAAUCACAGAGACUGGUGGUACAGUGUCCUUUCAGUUCUGCUGGAUGCGAGUACCAUCGACUGCUGAUGAAAUCUCAGAGCUGAACAGGUUAACUGUUUCGCUCAGCUCUUUAUCGCUUUCGAACUCAGCGGACAGUUGGUCUUGGACGUUGGAGGAGUCGGGCGUUUUUCAGUACGAAUAUGAAGAGUCCACGGACCACCUUUUUGCUUUAUGUUCUCUAGUGCAUCAGGUUUGGGAUUAUGUGCUUCAAUGGUGUCGAAUCCCUCCGACGUUCUUCUUUGGGGUGAAAGAUGUGUUAAAUAUGCACAAGGAAAUGCGAGGAUCUAGAAAGUGGAAGAAGGCGGUAUACACGAUCACCCAAACGGGUAUUUGGUGUAUUUGGAAGGCUCGGAACGAUUUAACUUUCAAUGGUAAGAGUGCAAAUGUGGAUAGGUUGGUUGAAGAAAUAAAGAUUAUGUCUUUUUUAUGGUUAAAGAAUCGGACGAAGAUCGGUGCGUUGACCAGGGAGAAAUGGAGAGUUUUUGAUAUCUCAUGUAUAGGAAUAUGA